UAAUUGUCUUCCUGUUAAAAAAAAAAAAAAAAAAAAAUUGCUUGGAAUUUCAAAUUGCAAUUAGCAAAACCCCCAAUUGAUCUUAAACCCUAACAAAAGAAAGAACAGCAAAAACCCACCCUUCAUCAUAAUCCAAAAAUGGCUUACAGAAUUCUGGGUACCAUUCGAAACAACUCCUCUUUCUUCUUCUCUCACCUUCACUGUCACCAAACUCCAUCACAGUACCGUUCGAUUUUCGCCACGUCGCACCUUGAUGGCUCAUGGAUGGACUCGAUUAAAGGGGUUUUCACCGGCAAAAAACCCACCUCUGAUUCGGUUUCUACCGAAGAUAAAUUCACCCUUUACAGUUUUGCUGAUGAGUUGGGUAAGGCGAGGAAGUUGGGAUCUUUGAAGCAGUAUGUAGUUGGUCGGAGCAGUGAAGCGACGUUUGCUGAUGCUUUUGAGAAGCAGGAAGCAAUUCUUCGAUAUCUUGCCAACUUUGAUCCAAAUGGAGAGAAUCUUCAAAUCAGUCAAAAACAAGAAGCAGCAAAGCAGUGCAAGUGUACGAUAGCUGAUGUUGAAAAUACUUUGGCAAAAUAUACGUGGGCUAAAGAAGCUCAGUAUAAACUACAGAAGUUAAAGGAAGAGGGAAAACCAAUGCCAAAGAGCAUGGCCGAGGUUCAAAAAUUGAUGGGUUCAACACCUCUCGAUCGUGCUAAAUCAAAUAUGGCUCAGACUGGUCAGAUUAGUCGGAAUGCGUUUUGUCCAUGUGGUUCCAAAAAGAGAUACAAAAGGUGCUGUGGAAAAGACAAGUAGGUGGCUUGCAGAGAGGAUUAUUCCAAAAUGCUCCAUCAACUGAUCAUUGUGUUUGGAGGAAAUAAUUAGUACUCAACACAAAUCACAUGACUUGAUUACUUUCUUGUUUCACUGCAAUUAGGUAUGUUCGCAUUCAGGACAUGAAUUUCAUGAUAAUUUCAGGAUAUGUCUAGAAAGGCUGUGCCUUAAUUCCUGAAGUACUUGUUGGUGCUCUGGGUUGAAUAGUUGAUGAAUCGAAGAGUUUUUGAGGAAAAGUCUUUCUUGAAAUUAUACUAGUAAUUUUUUUUGUUGCCCAAUGUUUCUCCAUAUUUGUUAAAUUUGUCAGAGAAGAAUUUUACUUGUUCUAGAGCUACCUCAUUUGUUUAUGAUUACUUAGUAAAUUAUAUGAUGAAAUUGCUCUUGAUGGUAUGGAAAUUUUGAACUCCAGGCGUUGGAACUGCUGCAUAUGCAAAGAAAACUUGUAUACUCGGUGCUAUGGUGAUGUUGGAGGAAAGACUUGACUACACAUGUUGAUUGUGUAAUUCAUAGAAUAACUAUUUUUUUUAUCUCCAAGAUAGCUAAUACAAGCAUACCACAGUUCAGAUGUUCAAUUCAAUUUGUUGAAUUUGCAAUUUCAUAUAUUGUAAUAUACUGUUGCGCAAUAUCUGUUGUGCAAUCAAACUAUAUAUUUAUAUGAUUAUAUCUUUACGAUUGAAGU